CAUACCCCUACCCAUACCCACAAUCCCACUAGCAUAACAAAUCUUCCACAUUAUUUUUUACUUCACAUAUACUCCAAACAACUUUCUUUCUACCAUUUCUUGAUUUUCCGUCCAAGAAAACCAUGCCAGAACCCCACUUAAACGGUGCCUAUUACGGCCCAUCAAUCCCCCCACCUUCAUCCAAGACUUACCACCGUCCAGGCCACUCUAGUUCCCCUUCAUGUUGUUGCAACCCAUUCACAUGUUGUUGUUCUUGCAUCUUCAACUGUAUCUGUACUUGCAUUUUCCAAAUCCUAUGUACACUCUUAAUCAUCGUAGCUGUCAUAGGAUUCAUUCUCUGGUUUAUCCUACGACCAAACAAAGUCAAUUUCCACGUGGCCAAUGCUCAGCUAACUCAGUUCAGUUACUCUAACAACAAUACCCUCAAUUACUAUCUUGCCCUUAAUGUCUCCAUAAGGAAUCCUAAUAAAAGGAUUGGGAUUUACUAUGAUUUGAUUGAAGCUAGGGGUUUUUACCAUGGGGUUAAUUUUGGUAAUUCGAGUAUUGAUCCGUUUUAUCAGGGUCAUAAGAAUACUACUGAUUUGGAUCUGUUGUUUAAGGGUACUAAGAAUGAGAUUAAAUUAGGGGAUUAUUAUAAUGGAGAGAAGGAUGAUGGGGUUUAUGAGAUUGGAGUGAAGCUUUAUAUGAGGAUUAGGUUUAAAUUUGGGUGGAUUAAGACUAAGAAGAUUAAGCCUAUGAUUAAGUGUGAUUUGAAGGUGCCUUUUAAGGGUAAGGGUUCUUUUGAGAGAACCCAAUGCCAUCUUGAUUGGUGAUUUUUGCUUCAUCUUAGGAGAUAUAUUUUCUCUGUUUUUAGUAAUUUUUUGUUAUAAUCUUGUUGGAUUAUUGAGAUAUUAUUCAUCCAUAGACAAUGGUAUUAUCUUGCUUUUUUGUUAUUGUUUGUGAAUAAAUAGUGAGUUCUUGAAUUU